AUGGAGCAUCUGUUCAUGGAAUGGUCGAGCUGCUCGACUUGGCUCGCUUUAGCUUCGAAAGUUGAUGAAACUAUGGGACAAAUUGAUUUCUUUAUGAAUAAUGGUCAAAAGGCAUCGAUUACUCCUAUUGCUCGUAACUUCAAACCAACUUGCUUCAGUUGGAACCCCAUAGAACCGUAUCUUAUUAUCGGCUGGCAGGAUGGAUGUGUGAACUUGACAAACGCCCAAGAAGAAUUCGAACACACUGUGGAAAACGAAAGCUCUUCCUCCAUUUUUCAUGUGGACUGGAGCUAUAAUGGCAAGAGCUUCGUAACUGUUCGUGAGGACGGAAUCGUUUCACUGUAUUCGUUUUUGCCAAGAAAAGACACUAAUGGUGUGGUGAAACUGGGUGAAUACUCUAUAGAAGAAACCCCAAUAGCUUGUUGUAAGAAGUUAUUCUACGAAGUAACAAAUGAGCCGAAAAAAGACGUGGGUUUCGCUAUUGAAGAUGAUAAGAAAGGACAAGGAGUAGAUGAAAAAGAAAAACCGAAAAAGAGUGUGGUAAUGAAGAGAAAAGUUCAUGGAACGAACUUUCUCAUUGUUGGAGACAAUCACAACCUUCAUUCUAUACAUGAAACAGGAGAGAUUAAGAUUGUUCAUACGUUCGACACGACUGUUCAUUUUCUUGGUUUCUAUGAAGAAAAACGAUUAUUAAUAGCUUUGAGUCAAGACGUAAUGUUGCAUCAUAUAACUUGCGAGAAUGAAAAAUUCCAAGAAAAGUUUAAAGUGAAACUGAGUGGGAAAUUCGAUAAUUACAGAUUACUAUUGAAUGAAAAUAUCCUCCUAAUCUCCUAUUAUGAGAAAGAUAUACGAGUCUGGGAUUUGGAGUCGGAAGAGCAUGGAACCAUUGCAUUACAAACGACAAAAGGAUUCUCAUCUUCUGAUGUCUGUAUCUGUCUAGGGUUUUGUUCUAAAAAGGGAGUAAUAUCUGCUGGAACUCUAGAAGGGAAGGUAGCCAACUGGCGAAAGCGUCCGCACGAGAAAUCAAUCGAGAACACUUGGAAAUUACAGAACUCACAUGAAAUGUCCUCACAGAUCAAGAGUCUCCGUUGGUCUCCUUUAAAUGGAUCUUUAGCCGUAAAUACAGGAGCUAACAUCACAAUUCUCAAUGACGAACAACAUAUCAUUUCCUUCCAUAAUAAGGUUGCGGCCAUUCAAUCAUCAGCAUCAACUUUCAUCCUUCUCAACGUAGUAACGUCUGUCACGCAAGAGCUUAAAGUUCCUUUCACUCCUAUCGGAGUUCAUGUGUCUGAAAAGCAAAUGGUUGUCUGGAAUAAAGAAACUAUAAUGGCAUUUGAUGUGCAGACAUCCUUAGCAACUUUACAAUCUGCUUCAUUUGCGUGUGCUUCUUCUGGCGUCAUAGUAUAUCAACAUACCUUGUACUGUAUCGAAGGAGACAAAAUCAAUGCUCGUACAAUUCAGGGUACUGUGAAGCAAAUAUUGUCUUUACCGGAAAUGGAAGGAGAUCCUGCAAUGAUGAACUUGAAUAGAAACUGUUUAACAAUAGGGACUACAAAUGGCUUCAUCCGCAUAUGCAGUUUGACGAAAAAAGAGGCUAGACAGGAAUAUCAUUCUAAGUAUGUAAUUGAAUCACUUCCAAACUUCCACAAGUUCGCCACAAUCAAAAUAAACAAUUUGGGAAACAGAGUAGCUUUUACUUAUUACGAAACUCACUCGAAGCUGAGUAACCAAGUUGUUAUAUGGGAUGCCGAAUCGGAUCAUGUAAUGUACUUCAGCUUCGAUAAAGGAAUGACAGAUCAACAGGAGUAUGAAGCUGAGGCAGAAAUGGCAAACACUUCCUCUGUUCGACCUGUCACAGCAGCCGCCAGAAAAAUGGAAAAAGAGAAAACGAGGUUUCGAAUGAUGCAUCAUCAUCCUGGAGCUCUACAAUGGGAUGAGAACGACUCAAGAUAUUUGGUAGUUGAGGCUAUUCCAUCCACAUACGAAAUCGAAGACUCCUAUAUUCUCUCGAUGUUCAUCACAGCCGAACACGGCUUGCAACUCCACGAUUUACAGAAAAAAUCUCAGAUAUGCGACAAACUGAUUGGAAUUUCAGUUCCUUAUUUAUAUUUCCUCAAAAAGACAGAAUUUGAUGAUGAAGAUCAGAGAGGGGAAAAAACUGUUGCUCGCGUUGUUGUCGCCAAAACCCUCAGAGAAUUUAUAGGAAUAGAGGAUUGUGAUGAAGACACGAGAAAAGGAAUGCUUGAUUUUUCAUUAUUCCUAACGCUCGGUCAUAUGGACGAAGCGUUCAAAGCCAUCAAAUUCAUCAAAAGUGAUUCUGUCUGGGAGCAAAUGGCAUCAAUGAGUGUUAAAACAAGAAGAUUAGAUGUGGCAGCUGUAUGCUUAGGUCAUAUGAAAAACGUUCGUGGCGCGCGAGCACUAAGAGAAGCUCAAAGAAAGGGUGAAAGUGAGGAUAUGCAAUGCGCAGCAAUAGCAAUAGAGUUGGGUAUGUUGGAUGAAGCGGAAGCUCUCUACGCAACCAACGAUCGUUUUGACAUGGUGAAUAAGAUAGAUCAAGCGCAGAAUAGUUGGAAUCAUGCUUUUUCUAUUGCUGAGAAAAAAGAUAGGAUACAUCUCAGGAAUACGCACUACAGUUACGCAAAAUACUUAGAGUCAAUGGGUGCUCAUGAUGGAGCUAUCGAUAAUUAUGAGCAAUCAGAGACACAUCAGUUUGAAGUGACUAGGAUGCUACAAGACAAUCCAAAAGCGUUGGAGACUUACAUAAGAAAAAAAAGAGAUCCGGAGCUAUACAAAUGGUGGGCUCGUUAUCUAGAGAGUAUCGGUGAAAUGGAGGGAGCUAUCAAUUUCUAUACGAUUGCUCAAGAUUCAUAUAACGUUGUUCGAAUAAUGGCUAAUAUGGGUAAAACACAAGAAGCAAGCACUCAAGCUCUGCAAACUUCGAACAAAUCUGCUUGCUACCACAUGGCUAAAACUUAUGAGAGCGCAGAAAACUUUGAGGAUGCUGUUAACUUCUACACAAAGGCUCAUGCAUUCAGUAGCGCCAUUCGACUGGCUAAAGCUCACGGAAUGAAAGAUAAGCUUGCGAAUUUGUGCUUAAUGGCUGGAGGAAGUGAACUAGUGGAAGCUGCUAAGUACUAUGAGGAUUUACCAGGUUAUGCACAUAAAGCAGUUAUGCUCUACCAUAAGGCUGGAAUGAUUGGUCGAGCUCUGGACUUAGCUUUCCGCACUGAGCAAUUCAGUGCAUUGGACCUGGUGGCAAAAGAUUUGGACUCAACAACAGACUCUAGCACUUUGAAGAGGGCAGCGGAGUUCUUCGAAUCAAAUCAAAACUAUGAGAAAGCUGUAGAGUUGCUAUGUUUAGCAAAGGAGUUCAAAUCAGCUUUACAACUAUGUCGACGGAAGAAUGUAUCAGUUACAGAGAAAAUUGGAGAACUGAUGACACCAACCAAAGAAACAACCCCGAAUGUCAACGAAAGAAAAGACAUCCUGAUGGAGAUUGGUGAUGUAUGCUUGCAGCAAGCUUUAUACACAAUCGCUGCUAAAAAAUAUACCCAAGCGGGUGAUAAAACUAAGGCGAUGAAAGCUCUGCUCAAAACAGGAGAUGUACAGAAAAUAAGAUUUUUUGCCAAUACAGCAAGGAGCAAAGAAAUAUAUAUUUUAGCCGCAAACUUUUUGCAAAGUGUUGAUUGGCAAGGUAAUGCGGAGUUAAUGAAAGACAUCGAAACCUUCUACACCAAAUCACAAUCACCCGAACAUUUAGCCAAUUUUUAUGUGUCCUGCGCUCAUAUGGAAAUUGAAAAUUGGAGCCAGUUUGAUCAAGCCGAAGGUGCUCUCAUGCAAGCAGCUCAAGUUCUGGAAAAAGCAGAAAAAUCUGGUAAAACUUCGAACAGUAUGAACUCCUUGCAACAACGAGUUCGCCGCCAUCUGGAUCAAAUACUCAAAUUCAAGCAAAUCAAAGGAGUUUACACGAACGAUCAAACUGAAGGUGUGAGGUUAUUAACGACUUUGGCUGAGGAAGCGACAAUCGAUGAUAUCAUUCGUCCAAACAACAUUUUCACUCUAUUGAUUGACCAUCAUAUAAAACAACAAAGUUGGAGCGCCGCGUACCGAUGUGUCACGCAACUACUGAAGCAACAACCGAAUUAUGAUAUUAUAUCAUACAUUGGUGAAGAUACGAUGAACAAGAUCUGUGAUGAAAUGGGUGUUGCACGGUUAACUUCUAAAGGAAUAGAGGAAGACGAUUCAGAUCAUGAUGAUGAAGUAGACUUUUCUCAUGCCAUGAAACGGCAACAACGGGUAGAUGUGAAUGACUUCUUCUAA